GUUAACAAAAAUUAGCAUUACACCAACACAAAAUAUUAAUGCAUCUCUGCGGUGUACAAAAUGAGAAUUAAAUCUGCUCUCGCCGUUGAAUCUCCCGCCCCUUCUGCCGCCGACUACAACAAUGGAUGCUCGAAACUAUUGCUUGAAGUCAAAGGUCUCUCUGCAGUCAUCUCCAAGUCAAAACAGCCAGUUCUCAAAGGAGUUAACCUAACAGUCCGCGAGGGUGAGGUUCAUGCUGUAAUGGGGCAGAAUGGUUCUGGAAAGAGCACUUUCGCAAAGGUCCUUGUUGGGCAUCCGGAUUAUGAAAUUACGCACGGAAGUGUGAUAUUUAAAGGAGAGAAUUUGCUUGAAAUGGAACCAGAGGAAAGGUCUCUAGCUGGUAUUUUCAUGAGCUUCCAGUCCCCAGUUGAGAUUCCAGGUGUUAGUAAUAUAGAUUUCCUGAACAUGGCAUACAAUGCCAAGCAAAAGAAACUUGGUCUGGCAGAACUUGGUCCAAUUGAGUUCUAUGGAUACAUUAGCUCAAAGCUUGAACUCGUUGACAUGAAGACUGACUUCUUGAAUAGAAAUGUAAAUGAAGGGUUCAGCGGUGGAGAAAAGAAGCGAAAUGAGAUUUUACAACUAGCGGCACUUGGAGCAGACUUGGCUAUAUUGGAUGAAGUUGAUUCAGGCUUAGAUGUUGAUGCCCUUAAAGAUGUGGCAAAUGCAGUGAAUAAGCUAUGAUCCCCCACAAGUUCACUUCAUCCAUAUCAUGGAGGAUGGUAGAAUUGUGAAGACAGGUGAUAUAUCCAUAGCUGAAGUUCUAGAGAAAGAAGGAUUUAAGGCAAUUUCAUGUGCAUAGUUCACAUCAUACUUUCCAUGUUUUUAAAUAUAUAUUUCUGAAUGAU